AUGGAGCCCAAAGAAGCCCCCGGGAAAGAAACUAUGGGCACCAGGAAAAAGAGCCUGCCCUUCCCGAGGCCCAGGCUCUAUAUGCUGGAGAGAAGGAAGACUGACCCUGUGGUUGAGAGCAGUGUUCCUGGGGACUACUCUGGUACCUUGACGAGGAGCCAGUCUCACAGGACCGAGUACAACCAGAAAUUACAAGAAAAGAUGACCUCACAGGCUGGGUGUUCCACGGCUGAGACCCUAACUCAGGAGAAGGAACAUCAGAGAAUGAUGGCAAAGCGUUCGAAAAUCAUCAAGGAGCUGAUACAGACAGAAAAAGACUAUCUCAAUGAUCUAGACCUGUGCAUUCGAGAAGUGGUUCAGCCCUUGAGAAACAAACAGAUUGAUCAGCUGGACGUGGAUAGCUUGUUUAGCAACAUUGAAUCGGUGCAUCGGAUAUCAGCCAAGCUGCUGUCAUUGUUGGAAGAGGCCACGACAGACGUGGAACCGGCCAUGCAAGUAAUCGGAAAAGUAUUCUUGCAGAUUAAAGGGCCACUGGAAGAUAUUUAUAAAAUCUACUGCUAUCACCACGAUGAAGCGCACAGUGUACUGGAGUCCUAUGAAAAGGAAGAGGAGCCGAAGCAACAUUUGAGCCUCUGUAUUCAGUCCUUAAAGAAAAUAUACAUGCAAGCAGGCAAACCAAACUUACUGGAUAUGGGCUCUUUGAUGAUCAAACCAAUUCAGAGAGUGAUGAAGUACCCCCUAUUACUCUGUGAACUCCGGAAUUCCACCCCUCCCUCUCACCCAGACUUUAGAGCACUGGAGGAUGCCUUUGCUGCAGUGAAAGAUAUUAAUGUAAACAUCAAUGAACUUAAAAGACGGAAGGAUUUAGUUCUAAAAUACAAGAAGAACGAUGAGGAUGAAUCACUUAAAGAUAAAUUGUCUAAACUAAAUAUUCAUUCAAUUAGCAAGAAAUCAAAAAGAGUGACAAAUCAUCUAAAGAUUCUGACCAGAGGAGAAUCACAGGUGAAAGACAAUACCUUUAAUAGAGAAGAAAAACUAUUUAGAUCUUUAGAAAAGACUGUGAGGCACUGUGUGAAGAACAUUUCAUUCUGUCUUCAACACAUACAGGAUGCCAUGCCUUUAGCUCUGCAGAGUGUAAUGGAGCUCCAAGAGAUUUCACACAACAAAGAUGAGGAUGAGAGGGGCUAUUCAGAGGCUCCAAGUAAUGCCCCAAAUCCCUCUGAUGACUUUGCAGCUCAUUUGCAGAAGCUUGUCCUGACGCCCCUGUCAGCCCUGCGGUCCCUAUUCCCAGGGCCCCAGAAGCUAAUCCAGAAACGCUAUGACAAACUGCUGGACUACAACAGCUACCUGCAGCGGGUGGUGGCGGAUGAGUCAGACUUGGCCAAAAGGGAAUAUGAGGCCCUCAAUGCCCAGCUUGUGGAAGAGCUCCAGGUGUUCAACCGGGCCGCGCGGAAGAUUCUGUUGAACUGCCUGUGCAGUUUCAUCACCCUCCUCAGGGACCUGAUGCUCGUGGCCCAGAGGGUUUAUUCCACGGUGGUGCCGGUACCACUGUUGGCUUCAAGCAUCUCUGAAAUUCAGAAUCGAGUACUAGAAGAGGUUCAAAAUCUGAAUUUUGUGAAGGAUAACAGUGCUACAUUUAUUGAGAGGAAACUUAGUUUUGAAAGGAAGAAGACUGUGCAAAUUCUGCCGGAAGUGCCACGUCAGAAUGACACUCACCGCUGCAAACUUCUAUCCACGUACAGUACAGAGGAACUCUACCAAGCUAAGCGCAAGUGCAACGCUACACAAGAAUAUGACAUCAAUCUUCUGGAAGGGGAGUUGGUGGCUGUGAUGGAACAGAAGGAUCCGUUGGGGAGUACCAGCAGGUGGCUUGUUGACACAGGAAUUAUAAAAGGAUAUGUGUAUUCCUCCUUCCUAAAACCCUACAAUCCAGCAAAAGUGCAGAAGGUGGACGCCGAGAACAGGUUCUGUGAUGAUGAUUUUGAUAACAUCAGCCUCUUUGUGUCUUCACGACCAGCCAGUGACAGUGUCACAGGCACCCCAGAAGGUAGCAUAAGUGAUAGCAGCUCAUCUCUUAGUGGAACGUGUGGGAAGUCUGAAACAAACGGUACUGAUGUUGACAGUUUUCAAGAGGUAGAUGAACAGAUUUUCUAUGCAGUUCAUGCCUUUCAGGCACGGAGUGACCAUGAACUCAGCCUUCAGGAAUACCAAAGAGUUCAUAUACUUAGAUUUUGUGACCUAAGUGGCAACAAAGAGUGGUGGUUAGCUGAAGUUCAAGGGCAGAAGGGCUAUGUUCCAGCUAACUACCUUGGGAAGAUGACUUAUGCUUAAGAAAAUAAGCCUUUGACUUUUAUCUUCUGGCAAGUUGUUGACUGACUACCUCAUAAAACCGACAUUACAAAAUGUUGACCUAGAAAUCAAGAAACCUCCAAACUACAUGAACUGAUACCAUACCAGGUUUUAAGGAAGACUGUACUUCCAAACAAGAUUAUUUCAAAAUGUAUUAUGAAGAAUACAUGUUGAAGGAAACACUAAACAAACAAAUAGCAAAACAGUCAA